AUAGUGUAGCUUCAAAAGAUAAGAGUAAGUCGUUUCACGCCACACUUCACACCUCAAAUAGCAAUAACACUUUUGUUUCUCAAAAACUUUCCACUCUCUCUCUCACACACACACAUACUACUCUUAAAACAAUAAUUAUACCCCCCAUUUCAUUUUAAAGAACCCCCCCCCUCAUCAUUCUCAUUGUGUUCAAAAAUUAACAUAAUAAUGGGAACACUUCAAAGAACAACAACAUGUUGUUUCAUGAUUGUGUUGUUUUCUCUCAAUGUUUCUAUUGCGGUUGGUUUGAAAGAUUUGAAGAAUCUUAAAACUAACUCCAAAGAUGAACUGAAGUGCACGCCGUGUGGUCAAGUUCCGUCGCCGCCGCCACCUUCUCCGCCACCGCCCUCACCGCCACCUUCUUCCACUAACUGUCCUCCGCCUCCUUCUCCGCCGAGCUCCAGCGGCGGUGGAGGUUCAUAUUAUUACUCUCCGCCGCCGCCCUCUGUUUAUUACUACUCGUCGCCGCCGCCGCCGGCGAGUACCGGAGGUGGAGGUGGCGGGUAUUAUUACCCUCCGCCGAAUGGUGGGAAUUAUCCGACGCCGCCGCCUCCGAACCCAAUUGUGCCUUACUUUCCGUUUUACUUCCACACUCCGCCACCGUCCACGGCGGCUCCUCCGACGUUGAUUGGAUCAGUUCUGAUCUCUGCAUUUUCAAUUUUACCUCUUUUUGUGAUCUUGUUUGGAUAGACAGAAAAAAAGUGAGGGGAAAAUGGAAGGAAGUAAAAUAAGUGCAUGGAAUUUUGCAGAUCUUGAAGUUUGAAAGGGAAAAUGAAAGAAAAAGUGAGGUCAGUGAAAAUGUUGGAAAGUGUACUAAUUUUUUCUCCUUUUUUUUCCCUUGAAUUUCUAAUGGUAAUUAAUGUAGGUUGAUCGAUCUGCAAUUUGUUGACAAUUUAUAAUUGUAUCUAGCAUUUUGAUUUUGUUUAGUAUGAAAAAAGAACAUUUAAAUAAUGAAUAAUAAAGUUUUAUUUAUUU